AUGGCAUCUAAGCAGGACAAGGUGAACCAGCUUGAGGCAGUGGCUGUAAAGCCAACGGAGAAAUCGAGAAUCACGGCGGAUUUCGGAACCAAGCAGACCAACACGGAUGACUGGCUGCGAGUCAGCACUGAUAAAAGUGCAGGUCCUAUGCUCUUGGAGGAUGCCUUUGGUCGAGAAAAGAUUCAUCGAUUUGACCAUGAACGAAUUCCUGAGCGUGUCGUUCACGCCCGCGGUGCUGGCGCCUUUGGUACAUUCCGACUAUUCGAAUCAGCGGCGGACGUCACAAAUGCUGGCGUUUUAACAGAUACAUCUCGAGAAACACCAGUCUUUCUCCGGUUUUCCACCGUCCUCGGCAGUCGAGGCUCUGCAGACACUGUUCGAGAUGUCCGCGGGUUCGCUCUCAAGUUCUACACCCAAGAGGGCAACUGGGACAUGGUGGGCAACAAUAUCCCCGUCUUCUUCAUCCAAGAUGCGAUCAAGUUCCCAGAUCUCAUUCACGCGGGCAAGCCAGAGCCGCACAACGAGAUCCCCCAGGCUCAGAGCGCGCACAACAACUUCUGGGACUUUAUGUUUAUGCACUCGGAAGCAACACACAUGUUCAUGUGGACAAUGUCUGACAGGGCAAUUCCACGUUCCUAUAGAAUGAUGCAAGGGUUCGGUGUGAACACAUUUACUCUCACAAAUGACAAGGGUGAGCGCCAUUUUGUGAAAUUCCACUUUACGCCGGAACUUGGCGUACACUCGCUUGUUUGGGACGAGGCACUCAAGAUAGCUGGCCAGGAUCCCGACUUCCAUCGAAAGGACUUGAUGGAAGCAAUCGAGAGUGGCAUCUUCCCCAAGUGGAAGUUUGGUAUCCAGACUAUUCCCGAGGGCAAAGAGGACCAAUUUGAGUUUGAUAUUCUAGACGCAACCAAGGUGUGGCCAGAAGAUCUCGUGCCCAUCCGAUACAUUGGCGAGCUGGAAUUAAAUCGAAAUGUGGAUGAGUACUUCACCGAGACGGAACAAGUCGCCUUCUGCACCAGCCAUGUUGUUCCUGGCAUUGGCUUCUCCGAUGAUCCUCUCCUUCAGGGUAGAAACUUUUCAUAUUUCGACACACAGCUCAGUAGACUGGGCAUCAAUUGGCAGGAACUCCCUAUCAAUAAACCUGUCUGCCCGGUCAUGAACUUCAAUCGUGACGGCGCCAUGCGACAUACCAUUGCAAAGGGUAAGGUCAACUACUGGCCGAACCGAUUCGAAGCCCAGCCCGCAGCAAGCAAAGAGGAGGGUGGCUAUGUUGAUUAUCCCCAAAAGGUCAGCGGUAUCAAAGUCCGAGGAAAGAGCGAAAAGUUCAAAGAGCAUGUGUCUCAAGCUCAGUUAUUUUACAAUUCCCUCUCUGAGGUUGAAAAGAGCCAUCUCACAGCCGCACUGUCCUUUGAACUGGACCACUGCGAGGAGCCUAUCGUCUAUGAGCGUCUGACGAAGCGCCUCGCCGACAUUGACGUAGAUCUCGCAAAAGCUGUUGCCACCAUGGUCGGUGGACCUGAGCCAGGUUCACCAGCAAAGAAGAACCAUGGCAGAAAGGCCCCGGGACUAAGUCAGAUGGACUACCUUCCCGAGCGACCAAACAUCUCAUCCCGCAAAGUAGCGAUAUUGAUCGCUGAUGGGUAUGACUCCAUUGCAUACAAGGCGAUGAUGGGGACCCUCAAAGCCACACGCGCGAUCCCAGUCGUCCUUGGACCUCGUCGCUCUGCUAUUUUUGCGGCAGGCGAGGACAAGUCAUCCUCAAAGGGGGUGAUUCCGGAUCACCACUUUGAAGGUCAGAGAAGCACCCUGUUCGACGCCAUAUUUAUCCCAGGUGGUAAUGACUCGGUGGCUACUCUUAUGAAGAUGGGGCGUGUUACGCACUAUGUUCGAGAAGCUUUUGGGCAUCUGAAGACUAUUGGCGCAACCGGAGAGGCGGUUGAGCUUGUUAGGAAUGCUAUCCAGCUGGAGGAUGUUGCCAUAUCUAAGAACGCAGAUGCGCUGAUGAGUUACGGAGUAAUCACGUUGAGGGAUCCUAAGCCCGAAGGCUUGAUGGAAGUCGUGCAGGCGACGAAGAAUGCGAAGCACUUCUUGGACAAGUUUGUGUACUCGGUUAGCCAGCAUCGAUGCUGGGAGCGAGAAUUGGAGGGUCUUUCUACCCAAGUUGCGUAUUAG